ACAUUGCAACGCUGUUUCUCACGCCAAGUGCUUUUGAAAGUCCAUACCAGCUGGAGCAAGAUCCUGAGUCACUGGAAAUUGUGCAGCAGUACAUGCACUACUUGGCCGGCAAUAAAGAGACUGAAAACCCUGGACUGAAGAGUGGCAUCAAGGGCGAUGUUAAUCUGAUGGCAACGAUGACUGGGCUGUGGAAAGAUCUGCUGGAGUCAUCGGAGACUUCAAAGUACAUUGUUCGGAAGUACCUCGCCACCACCAGCGGCGCCUUCAUGGUCUACCCUGGAUCAAUGCUCGACCAGUCAUAUGAGCCGAAAAAUCGACCCUGGUACAGCAAGGCUAUCGCCAAUCCCGGCAAACUGAUCUUCAUGCCGCCGUACCUCGAUGUGGGCGGCGCCGGUUACAUUGUCACUCUCAGUCAGACAAUUCAAACUGCCAAAAGAGGGAAACAGUCGAGUUCAGAAGAAGAUGAGGACACUGUUUGGGCGGUAAUGUCCAUCGACCUGACACUGGGCUACUUUCACAAGAUCAUCGACGAGAUGGUGCCGUUGUGCGCCAGCGGCAGCGGCGGCAAGUCCUCCUGUUUCAUCAUGGACGACUACGGCUACCUCAUUGUGCACUCCUCCUUCCUGCGACCAGGAUCACUGGGCUCCAACUCCUUCAGCGAGCGGCAACACAUUACCCACAAGGAGCCGCAGAUGGUGAAUGAUCUGCUGAAUCAGCGAGGCAUCGUGCGCAAGUUUGUCUGCAACAGCUACAACGACCGCACCAUUCAGCGGUACUACAUGUUCAACGGCAGUCUGGAGGGCAUUCUCACCAAUGUGGUGCAGCUGGAGGACGGCGCCUCCUCCUGCGCCAAGUACAAGAUGGUCACGCUGGACGGGACGAAUGCCUUCUUUGGCAUUGUCAAUCACACCUGCGACAACUCCACCACCUUCUGUCCGUGUUCACUGACUGACCGACUGUGUCUGAACUGCCACCGAAUGGAGCAAACGGACUGCGAGUGCCCCUGCGACUGUCCUCUGAUCAUGGACACCUGCAGCGGUGAUCUAAUGGAGAAGGAGGACAAGAACCCGAGUUGUAUUCCCAUGACGGAGCCGCUGCGAGAGCCCAGUCUGCCCAAAUACCUUUUUGACUCGCUGGACAGUUGUGUGAACAGUGACUGCUUCAACAAACUUUCGGAGAGCGAGUGCAAAGGCGUGCUCACCUGCGAGUGGUGCUCCGCCGACCUGGGCCACAAGCUGAAGAAGCCCUUCUGUGCGAAUCAGAACAUUUGCUUUGGAGGCAACUUUGGCUCGAAGAAUCCCUUCCUUGCGAGUCACGGCUUCUCCUACCCUGAAGAGCGCCGUCCCGAGUACAGUGCGCCCUUUGGCCCGCUGACCACCGUCAUCGUUGUUGCCUUUGUCGUCUUUGUCUGCGCCAUCUUCUGCUAUCAGGUGGGCUCGACGAGGAACUUUGGCGCCAACAGCUACAGCAACCACGCAGAGCACCAGGCGCUGCAGCAGUCGAUGGGCAAUGAGGCGGACCACCACAACCACGACAGUGAAUUCCACGGCAAUGAAGGAGGAAACCUUGAGGCGGUGGUCGCCCUGGUGCGUGCCCAAGUGAAUCCCAACUUUGAGAACAUUGCUUCGCCAUAUCAGGUCAACACCAAUUACCGACGACCUCGCGUCGAGUCCGACUACGGCUACUCCACCAUGACGCCCAAUGAGGCGGACUCUGACCUGAAUGGCGGCCACUCCAUCUACGUGGACACGCCGCUGAUCAAGUCGGCCAAGCUGAACCAGCUGGACCUACUCAACAUCUCCGCCUCGCCGACGCGGGCAUAA